UCCUGAAUGCCUAUCUGUGGAUGAGGUCCUCACAUGGACUUUGGAACUGACCCACAUGGUUAAGUUUCUGAACACACUUACUGCACACACAGACGAGUGUCAGACCGCUGCAGUCACUUCUCUCCAGUCUGCACAAACUCUGGCUUCUUUUCUUUAAUUGACUUGAAACAGUCUCUCAGUUGUGCACAACAGGGAUGGCAGAGCCCAGCGGGAUCUUGAUAAAAGGAGGUAAAGUUGUGAAUGAAGACUGCUCCGUGAUCAGCGACGUCUACAUUGAAAAUGGGAAAAUAGUAGAAGUUGGGCUGAAUCUUCAGAUCCCAGCGGGAGUGCGAGUCAUCGAUGCCACCGAUAAACUGGUCAUCCCCGGCGGCAUCGACACGCACACACACAUGGAGUUUGAAUUCAUGGGCACCACAGCUGUGGACGACUUCUAUAUCGGUACCAAGGCCGCUCUGGCAGGAGGGACCACAAUGAUUAUGGACUUUGUCAUCCCCCAAAAAAGCAAGUCACUCUUGGAGGCCUACAACUGCUGGCGGAAGAAAGCUGACCCCAAAGUCUGCUGCGACUACUCGCUGCAUGUCGCUGUCACAUGGUGGAGUGACAAGGUCAAAGAAGAGAUGGAGACACUGGCCAAAGAGAAGGGGGUCAAUUCCUUUAAGAUGUUUAUGGUCUAUAAAGGUGUGUUCAUGCUGCAGGACUGUGAUUUAUACACUGCCUUCUCCCAGUGUAAGGAGAUCGGCGCUAUAGCUCAGGUGCACGCUGAGAAUGGAGACCUGAUUGCAGAGGGGGCUAAGAAGAUGCUGUCCCUGGGCAUCACAGGGCCAGAGGGCCAUGAGAUGUGUCGGCCGGAGGAGGUGGAGGCCGAAGCCACCCAGCGAGCCAUCACCAUCGCCAGUGCGGUCAACUGCCCCCUGUAUGUGGUGCAUGUCAUGAGCAAAUCUGCUGCCAAGGUGUUGUCCAAUGCACGCAGAGAUGGGCACGUGGUAUUCGGGGAGCCUAUUGCAGCUGGUUUGGGCAUUGACGGUACUCACUACUGGCACCAGGAAUGGGCCCAUGCCGCUGGCUUCGUCAUGGGUCCUCCCCUCAGACCUGACCCCAGCACCCCUGGGUAUCUCAUGGACCUACUGGCCAACGAUGAUCUCAGUGUGACGGGGACGGACAACUGCACCUUCUCUGUGUGCCAGAAGGCUCUCGGCAAAGACGACUUCACCAAGAUCCCAAAUGGAGUGAAUGGAGUGGAGGAUAGGAUGUCUGUCAUCUGGGAGAAAGGAGUGCACAGCGGCAAAAUGGACGAGAAUCGAUUUGUAGCUGUCACCAGCAGCAACGCAGCAAAAAUCUUCAACUUCUACCCACAGAAAGGCCGUAUUGCCAAGAACUCGGAUGCUGACGUGGUUAUUUGGGACCCCAAGAUGACAAGGAAGAUAUCAGCCAAGACUCACCACCAGGCUCUGGACUACAACAUCUUCGAGGGCAUGGAGUGCCAUGGUGUCCCUGUCAUCACCAUCUCCAGAGGCAAAGUGGUCUAUGAGCGUGGCCAGCUGAACGCCUCAGCAGGGCAUGGCAAAUUCAUCCACAGAAAACCCUUCUCUGAAUAUGUUUACAAAAGAGUCAAGCAGAGGGAUCAGGUGGGGCAACCUACAGCUGUGAUCAGAAAGCCCUAUGACGGCAAAGUCAUUUCUGUUUGAACAACUGUCCUGGAACAUGAAAGGCACUUUGAUUCUCCAGCUGUGUGUCUCCAGUACAAUCCAGAAGCUACCAAAGCCAAAGCAGUGCUGCAUGCUGAAUGCUGUCUCCCUAAUUAACCUGCUCUGAGUUAUCUCUCUCAAAAUAUUUCUGCAAGUCAUAUAUACAUUAUUCAGUCAUUUAAAUCACUGUGUGUAGUGGAGGCAAUGAUGUUGGCGUUAAGGUCAACUCUGAUUAACACUUAGGUCAAUGUGCUGUUGGCAGAUAAUACCUUUGUUAUAUUUGUUUAACUGUGUGAGGUUUCCAGGCCAGCUGCGCUCAGUACACAGGUUGGUGGAACACACUGUGCUGAGGAAAAUUAUAUUUGCGCUAACAUGCAUUAUGCAAUCAAGUAAUUCACUGUAAUGAAUGAAUAUAGGGCUUAUGCAUGAUUUCAUGGUAUAACCUUUAAUCACUUCUAUAUCUCUGCAUAUCACUGUGGUGAUGGUGUAAUGAAAUAAUUUUUAAAACUGUCUGUCUGAUUCCGUUUUCUCCCGUUUUUCUAAAUAUUUGUUGCCAUUGGUAACAGGGCUAAUGAUUCUCACCCAAAAGCAUCCUUCCCUUUGAUGAAAUAUUCAUUAAAAUGCACUGAAAUGCAUGAGAGUAUAAAGAUUUACUUUGUUGACCUACAUUGACUCCGCAUUUGCAUAUUCAGCAGGAUGGCACAUUAUCAUAUGCGCUCCAUCUAUGCCCAUGUAUGGACUGCAUUCAUUCCUUCCCAUGGUAAAAAAGGUCUGUGGCUGUCACCGAGCAUCAUGUGGCAGCUUCCUAUUGGGCUGGCAUGCUGGCGUGGUAUUAUGCCGCAGGGCCAGUUGAGACAUAAUGUGAGCUUAUCAGGUUGCCACACGGGUCAGUGGCAGCGUGUGAGUCACAGAAGGCCUACUCAUCCUUGAGCUGUACCACUUCCUUCCUCUUGUCUCUGACAGUGGAAGAGGUGGUGUGGGAUUGUACAGUUGAGCCUGAGAACUGAAAACAGUGAGAACUACUGGAUUUUUCUUUACAGGCUUUUAUAGAUUAUAACUGGUGGUCAUAAAAGUCAAAUAACAAGGACGAAUAAACUGGAAAUGUUUUACUGUUGACAUAACUUUUUAAAAAUGGAGGUAAUGAAUCAUAUUAAAUGUGGAAUCAACAUAAUUCCUCAUAAAUGAAAACACAUUUAUAAGUCAAACCAUUUUACUAGAGUUAGGAAAACUAAACUGGAGUAGGUCAUUGCCUUAAAAAAAUAGGCAACACAGAACCACACAUUAUCGUGUUUUUACAUUACGCAGUGUAAGUUCUGUCUGCUCACUAGGCAGAUGUCAAGUAUCCUGUCAGCUCAGAAACAUCUGUAUUUCUCAAGGAAACUUAAGAAAGCAAAAGUCCCCCUGCCAAAGUCCUGUCAACUUACAGAGGAGACAUAGAAAGCAUCCCGACUCAAAACAUUACAAAGUGUCAUGGAAUGCCCGGCCCAGGAUAGGAGGGCUAUGCAGCCGGUGACUAAUACCACCCAGAAUAUCAUUGGUACCUAUCUACUGAGUAUCAGUGAUAUCAGUGAGGUGCCUGUGCAGAUGCCAAAGGAUAUUAAAAGACAAUACCCACAGCCUGUUCACCAUGCUGACGUCUGGCAAGCGAUAUAGAAGUGUCCACUGUCGUACCACCAGACCACAGAGCAGCAUUUCCUCAGGCUUUAACACUCUUUAACUCAUCCUCAGAACUCUACCAUACAGAUAUUUUUGCAUUUUGUUGUGCAGAAUGAAAAUACAUGAACCUUGAACCUAACUGAGGAUUGUAAAGAGUCAGCUUUUUUUUUAACCAGUUGUUUAAUUGCUGUCCUUCAAUCUAAAAAAAUACCUUCAUACUGCACAUACUAUCACCCAUGGUCUAAUCACAAUCACUCUUGGUAGCUUGGUAACAAUACAGGAACACACACACACACACACACACACAGUACCAUGAUGUUAAAAAUGCAUACCUCUUUGUAACACCUGCGAGAUAUUAAUGAACAGCGACAGUGCGUAAGUGGAAAGAGGACAGUCCUGUUCACUGCGCAUGUAGGGGACAUCUGUCUUAGAUUAUGUAAGCAAAUAUUGCUGUGCUACACUCUGCAGGGGAGCAUGACACACAGAGGUAAAAUACAGAAGCCUGCCUCUGUGUGAUUAUUAUUACUGGAAGCUGUUUGGUGCAGGAUCUAUUAUCGAAGACAAAUACUGCCGAGAGCUUAUAAAUAAUAGGAUUCACUGCAGUCACCAUAAAUCCAUAAGUGUAUACUUAAAUUGAAGGUACAAAGUAAAAUGAAACAUGCAAGUUGUUUAUUUCAAUGCCUUGAACAAGUCUAGAGCUUUUAUGGGAUUUAAUAUGUUUAAUAUAUUUGGUUAGCUGGCAUUACUGUGGCAUUGAACCUAAAUAUAUAUGGUAUAUCCUGCAGUGGAUUAUGGUCACAGUUUGGGCUCGCUCAUCACAGAAUACUGUCGUCUGCCUUGUUAUGUAAUAAUCAUGAUGUAAUGUCCAUGACAAAUAAAAUGAAAUUUCUAGUCACUGAGA